AUGUUUCUUUUAGUGCAAAUCUUUUCCUUUUUUUUUCCAUUCCUGAGUUUUUCUUUCUUUCUUUUCUUUUUCUUUUAUUUCUUUCUUUUUUCUUUCUUUAUUUCCUUACGUUUUUUUCAUUUUCUUUUAAAGGUUUUCCUUUCUCUUUUUCUUUCUUUCUUUUUCCAGAAUAUUUUUCAUCAAUCUUUAACCUUUGGUCUCUUUUAUAAUACUUUUCAAUAUUUCUUUCCUUGGAACACUUUCUUUUUUUUUCUAUUUUAUUUCUCAUUUGUUUCUUUUUCAACAAUUUUUUCUGUUUUCACAAAAAUCUUUCUUUCUUUCUUUCUUUCUUUUCAUCUAUCCUCCUUCCUAUCUCUUUCGCUCUUUCUUUUCCUCUCACUUCUAUCUAUCUAUCUAUCUAUCUAUCUAUCUAUCUAUCUAUCUAUCUAUCUAUCUAUCUAUCUAUCUAUCUAUCUUAGUCUCUUUGUCUCUUCGUCUCUAUCUAUCUAUCUAUCUAUUCUAUCUAUCUAUCUAUCUAUCUAUCUAUCUAUCUAUCUAUCUACGUCCGUUCAUAAUCUAUAUAUCUAUCGAUCUAUUAUAAAAAUCUCCGUCCAUUCAUUAUCUAUCUAUCUAUCUAUCUAUCUAUCUAUCUAUCUAUCUAUCUAUCUAUCUAUGCCAGUUCAUUUCUAUCUAUCUAUCUAUCUAUCUAUCUAUCUAUCUAUCUAUCUAUCUAUCUAUCUAUCUACGUCCAUUCAUAAUCUAUAUAUCUAUCGAUCUAUUAAAAAAAAUAUACUAGACUUCACUCCAUUUUAG